ACUACCAAAAAAGUGGGAUUGGCCAUUUUGAAGUUUUUUCUGUUUUGACAUUUGCCGUAUGGGGGAAGAUAUUUUUAUAGUAUGGACGAAUUUCACACAUGGCGAUACCCAUAAUGUGUAUUUUUUUUAUUUUUUUUUAUUUAGGAGAAAGGGCAAUUUUUUUUUAUUUGCAAAAAUUUUAUUUAUUUUUUGGCACUUUUUUAUUUAGUUCCCAUAGGGAACUGUAACCGGCAAUCAUUAGAUUUCUAUUCUCAUAAAUUCCAACACAUUGCAUAGCAUUGGAGUCUGUAAGAAAUGGACUAGUUUCCUAUGGAGCCCUGUUACAGACUAGGGCUCCAUAGGAAACACUAUGCAGUAGCCUCCUGUCAUUCUCUAUGACAAGGGCUGCUGCAUACAAGCUCCGGCUUGCAUGCAGGGGUGUAAAUUGAUGUGGCCAUGCUCUGUUAAAUUAAUAAUGCAGGAUUUUUGUUCGGCAGAUAUCCAACCAGAAAGCCAGUAACAUUAUGUCUUCACUGCAACGCAUCUUCAUGUUGGUCUGCUUGCUAGUAAUCAUCUAUGUGGCACUAUAUAUUAGGAUUAACCUACGGAAAGAAGUGCAUUACAAAGUCAUCUUCUUGGCGGACUACAAUACCAGCAACGUAGCCAAGGAUACCAUCACACCUCUCAAAGGUAACAAAACAUUUAUCAUCGCCCCUUAUUACGACAACCGAGAAGAAAACCUGGUCCGAGUUUUAGGAAUCGUCCAUACAGAAGUUACAAACCUCUUCUGUUAUUUUUGUUGCUACGGGCAGAAACAUUUGACCUUAACCGAGGCAAUGAUAGAUAUCCACUCAGAUCGCUUUGGCUUUCCCUUCGGCUUAGCUGAUAUAAACUGUUAUGAACCACCAGAAUGUCAAGCAACUCAUAUGUAUCUUGACUCGACUUCAGGUGGAGACGUUGCAACGCUGACCAAGUUUGAAAUUCGAAAUAGUGAGCGGCAGCCGUUCUCUGCAGAUUUCACGGUCUGCAUUUCCACCAUGCAUGGAAAUUACAGCAAUGCUUUACAGUUCAUUCAGACCAUCGAGAUGUACAAAUUACUAGGGGCGCAAAGGGUUACCAUCUAUGGUAAAGACUGCAGCCAGCAGGUAAAAAAAAUCUUGGACUAUUACAGCAAAGAAGGUACAGUGGAAGUCAUACCGUGGCCCAUUGAAAAAUACUUAAGGCCAUCUAGCAACUGGUAUCAUGAAGCCAGUGAUGACAAAGACAUUGGUUACUAUGGGCAACUCUCGACUCUGAAUGACUGCCUUUAUAGAAACAUGUACAAAAGUAAGUACGUUCUACUCAAUGACCUGGAUGAGAUCAUUUUACCGUUUGAGCACAUGACAUGGGAUAGUAUGAUGGAAAAGCUUCAACGAGAAAACCCCAAUGUGGGAGUUUUCUUGUUUGAAAGCCAUAAUUUCCCUCAAACUGCAGUGACUGAUGGAGAUUUUCCAAAUGUUUCAUCAUGGAAAAAAGUACCAGGCUUCAACUUACUAAAUCAUGUCCACAGAGAACCAGACAGGUUCUUUGCAUUCAACGCUCGGAAGAUGAUUGUAGAUCCACGAAAAGUUAUCCAGACUUCAGUUCAUUACGUUUUAAAAAGUUUUGGGAAAUCACUAAAAGUUCCCCUAGAGACUGCCCUUGUUCAUCACUGCAGGGGGCCUCAUCAACCAAACCUCAAAAGGUCAUUAUUAAUCAACGACAGGACAAUUUGGAAAUACAAUGUUUCAGUGAUUAGGAAUGUUAACAGAGUGCUAAGCCUAAUAUCUUCACACACUGGAACACAAAAACAUAUUUCUACUCAAGGUUAAAAAAAAAAAUCUGUAAAUCCAUGGCACAUAGGAAUGAUGGCCAGAAACCGGGGCCAGGUUUAUAGAAAAUUGGAUCCUGGGUGGCAAGCAAAGGAUGCCCCCCCUUCCGCGAGUAUUAUUUUUGGAAGGUUAGGCCUUGUUCACACUGACUGUGUUCGGUCAGUGAUUUCCAUCAGCGACUGUCAGCCAAAACCAGGUUCAGGUCUAAACUAAAAACCUGAUCUGUCUGUAGCCUCCACUCCUGGUUUUGGCUUGCAAUCACACAUGGAAAUCACAGACCGAAACACUGAUGUGUGAAUAAGGUCUAACUCUCAUAAUUUGAAAUAUAUUAAUUUUGGGAGAAAAAUGAUUUCUAUGCUGGCUAUUUCUGAUUGAUAGAAAUGCUUAAUGUUUAAAAUGUAUUCCCGCAAAUAAAUGUAUUCAAAUUCUGUCCAUACAGAUUUAUUUGAAUACGUUUUCAAAAAAUAAAAUGAAUCCGUUUUAUAUAGAAUAAUAUAUUUUGUUUACAAAAAAGAUUUUAUUAAGGUUUAAAAUGUGAAGGGGAAAGAACUUUCCUGAUAUGUUGAUUAUACUGGUCCAUCAUCGCGCUCUGUGCCGAUAUACUGUAGAUUUGUUCCAGGGUUACAAAGUAGAGAAAUACUAAGAGAGACAGAGGACUCACACGUUACAACUAAGGUGGAUCUACUUAUUUCACAUAAAUGCAUCAUUGUCAUA